AAAACUUCGCAACUAUCUGACACCCACCAAUGCUUUUCAAUUCCCAUACAAUGGGCAUUCCCAAAGCCUGGGUUAUUACCAAACGGCACUUGACUGACUCUGUUCAAGUCAUCGGCAGCUUGAAGAACCCUAACUUGUUUCAAACUCAGGGAUAUAUAAACGGCAGAUAUGUCGAUAGCAGCUCCACCCAAACAUUUGAUGUGAACAAUCCUGCCAGUUUCCCGGAUCCCAAGUCCUACAUCGGCACGGUACAAUCCAUGACUGCAGAUGACUUCAACACCGCCGUGGGCCAUGCUGAAACCGCUUUCAAGACGUUUAGAAAAACUACUGCCGAGUAUCGCUCAGACCUUUUGCGCAGCUUAUACAACUCGUACAUUAAAAACCAGGACGACUUAGCCAAACUUAUUGUACUUGAAAACGGGAAGCCGUACGCAGAUGCUUUGGGUGAAGUCAAGUACGCCGCGUCAUUUUUCAAAUGGUAUGCCGAUAUUGCAACCACCAAAACCGGUGAUAUCAUAAAUUCCACCGGGACCAACAAGCGAAUUCUUUCGCUCAAGCAGCCGAUUGGCGUCUGUGGGAUCAUGACACCCUGGAACUUCCCUGCCGCAAUGAUCACCCGGAAGUUGGCGGCAUAUGUGGCUGCUGGGUGCACUGGGGUGAUCAAACCAGCUUCUGAAACCCCUUUUAGUGCGUUGGCCAUGGGACACCUUCAAGAGCAAGCAGGGUUUCCAAAAGGUGUCAUAAACAUAUUGCCAUCCUCAAAUGCGGCUGAGGUUGGCAAGUUGCUCUGCGAGCAUCCAGGAAUCAAAAAGGUGUCUUUUACUGGGUCUACCAACGUCGGGAAGUUGUUGAUGUCGCAGUCAGCUUCCACCUUGAAGAAACUCUCGUUCGAGUUGGGAGGAAAUGCUCCAUUGAUUGUGUUUAACGACGUUGACAUCGACCUGGCAGUAGAUGGAGCCAUUGCUUCGAAAUUCAGAAGCAGUGGUCAAACAUGUAUUUGUGCCAACCGGAUAUUUGUCCACGAGUCCAUCUACGAUGAAUUCAGUGAAAAAUUCGCUUCUAAGCUUGAGGCUUCAGUCACACUUGGAGAUGGGUUGGACCAAGGUGUCACCCAUGGUCCUGUGAUCCACGAGAGGUCGUUUGCGAAAGUCAGAAGCCAUAUUGAAGAUGCUGUUUCCAAAGGUGCAAAGAUCAUUCUGGGAGGAAACCCCCGGCCCGACUUGGGGGUCAAUUUCCACGAGUUGACCAUCUUAGCUGGUGUAACUUCUGAUAUGCUUAUCACCCAGGAAGAGACAUUUGGGCCUGUUUGUCCGUUAAUAAAGUUUUCGUCGGAAGAAGAGGUUCUCGCCAUGGCCAAUGACACCGAUGUUGGUUUGGCAGGUUACUUCUUCACCAACGAUAUUAGAAGGGCAUUUAGAGUGGCAGAAGAGCUUGAAGUGGGAAUGAUUGGUGUUAACACUGGUGCCAUUUCCGAAGCUGCUUUACCAUUUGGUGGAAUAAAGGCCAGUGGUUUUGGUAGAGAAGGGUCUAUUUAUGGUGUUGACGACUACAUGGUUGUCAAAUCUAUGGUCAUUGGAUUAUAAUACACAUUUUCUCUUUGUUAGUACUGGUCGGACAGAGACCCGUUGAAAUCGCUUCUAAUUACUUGUGAAAUUUCUGGAGUGAAAGAUUCAGAUCCACUAUCAAUAACCAUAUUAUUAUGGACCUCGAUUUGACCUUGGGCCUGUAAUUCAUAAGGAGUUAUAUCCAAGUUCUGCACUUGCAGUAUAUCAUCAACUUUGAUGGACCCACUGUUAAUGGUGGUUUUGGUGAAAGCAGCAGGGUUGACCAAGAAAUCUUUUCCUGGGACGUCAGCCUUAUAGCUAUUGAAAAUCUCUUUUCCCACGUCUUCAAGGGAAUUCUUGUUGCUCACGAUUUGGGUGAGCUUUGCGUUGAGAUUGGUGACUUCCUGGUCUGCUUUUGAUGUAUUUUCUGGAGCCAGGUUUCUCAACUUGGCGAUAUCUGCUUGUAAUUGAUGCACAGCUGACUGACCGUCAAACAGCUUGCUGGUGAUUCUCGUAGGUUCUUCUUGCUUACUGUGGAACAACGCUUCACGCAUUAACGCUAGCUGUUCAGCAUAUCGUGUGUAUCCAAUAGAUUUAUAAGUCAAUGUUGAUAAUCCCCCUUCUUCAGAAAGACCGACUUUGAUAGACGAGAAGUCGUUGGCAAACCGCUCUGUAGGUACUGGGUACACUUUUUCGACUAUUUCGGUCUUGUCCUUCAAGGAAAUCUUGACUGUAUCGCUAUAUGAAGACAUUGGUAGUUUACAAGCAGUUGUCAAAGAU